AAGAAACAGUUUGCCAUGGCGUCAAAUGUGACUGAAGAGGUAAAAACUCUCCAUAACAAAAUGAUACUCAAUAUUGGUUUCGAAAUUUUCGGGGGAACGUUGGAGGUAGUAAAAGAACUAUUUAGGAAUAAACCACUGAACUCAGCCGAUAUGUCUAGGAUUACAAACAUCCCAUCACUCUUCAAACGUCUAAGGGAUUACGAAACAAUUGAUUAUGGAGAUUACCAAAAGUUUGUAUCUACGAUCAAGUUCAUACAUCCGCGCGUGUGUCUAAUGGUACAGGAGUAUUCUGAGAAAAUCAAAACACUGCAGGGUAACCUAGACGACCAAGGUCCAUCACCAGGCAGGCAACCAAAGACAGAAGAUCAAAGUCAGCAACAGUCUACAGAAACCAACAGCUACACAGGGGAACCAGUCAGUGGACAUUUAAGCAGAGAAGUAGCAUCCUCAUAUGAUGUUCAUCACAAUGUUGAAUCACCUCACAUGAGAUCUGAAGUGCAUUCUGGUAAUCCUCACAUGAGAUCUGAAGUGCAUUCUGGUAAGCCUCACAUGAGAUCUGAAGUACAUUCUGGUAAUCCUCACAUGAGCACUGUAACUCACUCAAGUGAUAGUAUCGUGCAGGUCCAGUCAUCAAUCCCUAGUCAGGAGCAAAUCAACCUAGAAAGAGGCCAACUAGAGGCGAUGGAGUAUGGUGAGAAAACCACAUCACCUAAGAUAGCACUGCCAGAGAAAAACACUGACAGCAGGGGAUGCCAGACAGGAGACAGGAUUCCAAAUACUCAAACCAUCACAGCUGGUGCUAGUGGUCCUGAAAUAAAACAUUUUUCUGGAGAGGCUGUAGGUAAAAUGGCGUCAGCUUACCUGCAAGGAUCAAAUACAGAAGUGACAACGGUGGCAGUCAGCCAAACCCAGGGAGGGGCUACAGGGAUAAUGGUGCCUGCUAACCCCCAGGAAGGUACAACAAUGGUGCAAGUACAAAAGCAGAAAAUAGGCAAAGUGAACUUAUCAUUUAGCGGAGAAGCCAGUGUGAUUGGAGAUAACGCCACUAUCACUAUCAACAGAACGGUUUUAGAUGAUGAAGCUAAAGCCUUGAUGACAGGCUUGAUGUCUGAACUCAAACAGACUAGGGACGGACAGUAUGUGGACCAGAGGGUGCCACCAAAAAAGUCACAAAAGACAUCAGGAACUCAGACCAGUGGUGAUCUGGCUGCUAAGAAUGUCACAAUAGCAAAUGCAAGCCAUGCCAAAAAAAUCCAUUCUGACUUAGAACCCAUGAUAGAAACAACCAAAGCCAAUAUCAGAGAAGGAAAAGAGAAAAAGUUUUACCACACCAAAGGUUUCCGUGAUGCUAAAGACAAGCUCCAAAAGAACAGGGUUGUUGUCAUCAAGGGAAAUACGGGAGACGGUAAAACAGCAAUCGCCGUUCAACUCCUUCAUUGGCUGAGUCAGGAGCAAGGAGCUGGACAACCCUUACAGCUUCCUAAUAUUGAGAAAUUAGAUUUAUUGACUCCAAACUUAAAACUGAUCACUUUUAUUGAUGAUAUUUUUGGCGAGAAAGAUGUGUGUAAAAAGGAUGUACAAGAGUGGAACAGAAGAGUCUCAAAUGUAAAAACACUUUUUCUUGGUGAGCAAACAGAGACAAAUUUUCUUCUCAUUACUGUUCGCAAUGAAGUAUUCAAUUCUUUAGAAAAACGUUCUAUGGGAACAAUUUUUACCAAAGACAACUUAAUUGAUCUUAGCUCUGAUACAUACAAAGCUGAAGAAGAGAAAAAAAGACUAUUAGAGCUGUAUAAGCCAGAAAACUUUUCAUGGACAGACAAAGAAAAAACACAAAUUUUAACUUACGCACCAAACAUUGGAUUCCCACAAUGUUGCCAGCUUUUCUACAAUUCUGAAGAAUUGCAGAAAGAACGAGUUAGAUUUUUCGCUAAACCUUUUCAUUUCUUGAAUGAAGCAUUGACAAGAUUACAAGAAUGUUCUGCACUUUUGUUUCUCUUCCUCAAUGAUAGUAUGAUAAGUGUAAAAGAUCUUGAUCAAAACAGUCAAAAUGUCAAUCAAAAAUUGCUGGAAGAAGCUUUUGAAAUCAAUUUAAUUGAUGGUGAAAGUGACAGUACCAAAUUGACGUGGAGGAAAAAAAUAGGAUUUGUAAAAGAAAGUUUAGAGAAAUUGGUAGGAGUUUUAGUAGUGAAGGAGAAACAUUUGUCUGGUGAGGAUGUGUACAGAUUUAAUCAUGAUUCUAUUUAUGUUGCUGUGGCACUUUUGUAUGGAAAAGUCACACCGAUUGGCUUCAUACAGAAUUGCCCCAGCAAAUCCCUCAGUUAUCUAACAACCUCAAAAACAGCUACAAACAUGAUUGUCAUAGCAUCUAAUCAUUAUACAGAAAUGUGUGAGCGUCUACUCCGAGAGUUUGAAUGUAAGAAGAAUCAAUAUGGUACUAGUAUUGGCUCUCUAGAUGUAUGGAAUGAUCCUGUAUUUGUUAAAAGUUUUGUCGGGUUGUUGAAUGACAGAAGAGUUGACAAACUUGAUGUGUUGAAUAAAGCAAGUUAUUGGGGUGCAGAAGAAUGUGCUUUAUAUCUUCUGUGUGAGGGAGUAGAACCUGACGAGGAGACAGUGAUUGGUGUGGUGGAGGGAGGGAGUGUGAAAGUGUUACGUAAACUACUGGAGUAUGACGUCAUUCCUACAGCGAGGGAUAAGGACAAUAACAAUGUCCUACAUGAGGCGUGUGUGUAUGAGAGAGAAGAGAUGGUGACGUUGUUAUGUGACACUUACCCACACUUGGUACAUGACACUGAUAUGUUAGGACGAACCCCGCUCUAUGAUGUGGCACUGACAGGAAACUGUUCUAUGUUUCAGACAAUGGAGAGGUGUGUACUUAACUCCUUAUAUAGAGUUGACGACCAACAACACAAGUGUGAGUCGGUAAAUGGUCGUGUGGUUCAUAGGAACUGUGUGUGUGCUCAGUACAUGGCUCAGUUAGUGGAUGAUGACGGGAGAACGGUGUUACAUGUGAGUUGUAUGCUGGGUAAGAGGGAGCUUUGUUUAUAUUUAUGUCGGUCAUACCCAGCACUAACUACAGCUGUAGAUAAGUACGGCUGGCAUUGUCUACAUUACUUAGCUAGGUUUACAUCAGAUGUAGACUUGUUCACUGAGUGUGAAUCUCAUGUUAAACAAUACCUAGAGUCUACAGGACGUAAGUAUGACAUCACAACCAUACUUGACAAGAAAGGGAGCUCUGUUUUAGAAAAAGCGAAGGAAACGGCGAAGAACCUGGGGACAGAAAACAACCCAUUGUUGGAUCAUCUUAUUAAAGUGUUUGGUAAAUAAAAAUGAUAUUGAUUUCUCAAUGAAACGUGCAAUUAUAAUCAACACAAACCUUUUAAAACAAUUCUGUGCAAAGCUCAUGUCAUGAUGAUUUGUUUUGACGAGCACAUUUUAUCGGUAAAUAUUAUAAAAUGUGAGUGGUUUUUCAGUCCAAGUUUGCCGAUCUUCUUUACGCUUCGUAAAAAUACGACCAGGGGUAUCCUCUUUGAGAUGCGAGAUUUUUGUUUUUUUCUUUGGAAAACACUGAAGACCUGAAUGGAGUGGAUCGUAUCAGGUUUGAAAUAAGAAUAUGAUGUUUUAUUCUGUUUUAAAUAUUACAAACAUAGUCAUGUUAUAUGUAAUUUUAAAUGUGCUGAAGCAUUUUGUUAAAUGCUGUGGAAAUAUUUCUUCCCAAAUGAAUCCUCAGUAGCAGUAAACUGUGUGAUAAAUUGUUGAUAAAUCUCAAUGAUAUAAUGAAUAUCUGUCGCUAAUUAAUGAUGAUUAAACAUGAUGUCUGGAGUAAACAGUGUACAGUGAAUUUCACAUUUCAUCUUAACAGACUUGUAAGCAUAGUCAUUUUAAGGUAACCUUUAUAUCAGAUCCCAUUUUGGAGUCACUGUUAACUCCUUUGGGGCCAAUCAGACAUGAUAGAUUCAUUUGACUGUUUCUGCCUUUAGUCUGGCCUCUUGUUCAGUUGUUGAGGUUAUAUGAGAUGAGAAACAAUAGUCAAACUCUGCAGUUACCAAAACAAAAAUACAUGUAUAAGGAAUGAGUGAAAUUUUAGGUAAGCUCAAUAAUUUCUUUUUCUUUUUUACAUUCUUGCACAAUUGAAACGUAAUAAAAUAAGCAAAUUCCAGUAUGAUUUUAAAAGCAAUAUCAUUCACAGUUAUUUUUUUUAUUAUUGUUUUACUUUCUACGCGAUGACUGUGAUCCAGUGUUCUAACAAAUAUAACUUAAAUACACUUCAUGGAUCUGUAACUGAAACGAAUGUUGAUGAUGUUGACAUAUAUGUAAAUGUAGAACAACUGAUCCAGUCUUUUACCAUUGAGUAGCUAUAGAUAGCUCAGUAAGUUAGAGCGAAAGUAUAAUGAUCGGGAGUCAGGUUGAAUCUUGAAUCCUGGCCAGGCCCAGUUGUAUUUGUAAACUCAAUAGGUUAGAGCGACGGUAUAGAUUGGGAGUACUUGGUUCGGAUCCUGGCCUUGCCUAGUUGUAUUUGUAAACUCAAUAGGUUAGAGCGACGGUAUAGAUUGGGAGUACUUGGUUCGGAUCCUGGCCUUGCCUAGUUGUAUUUGUAAACUCAAUAGGUUAGAGCGACGGUAUAGAUUGGGAGUACUUGGUUCGGAUCCUGGCCUUGCCUAGUUGUAUUUGUAAACUCAAUAGGUUAGAGCGACGGUAUAGAUUGGGAGUACUUGGUUCGGAUCCUGGCCUUGCCUAGUUGUAUUUGUAAACUCAAUAGGUUAGAGCGACUGUAUAGAUCGGGAGUACUUGGUUCGGAUCCUGGCCUUGCCUAGUUGUAUUUGUAAACUCAAAUGGCUAGAGCGGCGGUAUAGAUCGGGAGUACUUGGUUCGGAUCCUGGCCUUGCCUAGUUGUAUUUGUAAACUCAAUAGGUUAGAGCGGCGGUAUAGAUUGGGAGUACUUGGUUCGGAUCCUGGCCUUGCCCAGUUGUAUUUGUAAACUCAAUAGGUUAGAGUGACGGUAAAGAUUGGGAGUGCUUGGUUCGGAUCCUGGCCUUGCCUAGUUGUAUUUUAAACUCAAUAGGUUAGAGUGACGGUAUAGAUUGGGAGUACUUGGUUCGGAUCCUGGCCUUGCCUAGCUGUAUUUGUAAACUCAAUAGGUUAGAGCGACGGUAUAGAUCGGGAGUACUUGGUUCGGAUCCUGGCCUUGCCUUGUUGUAUUUGUAAACUCAAUAGGUUAGAGCGACUGUAUAGAUCGGGAGUACUUGGUUCGGAUCCUGGCCUUGCCUUGUUGUAUUUGUAAACUCAAUAGGUUAGAGCGACGGUAUAGAUCGGGAGUACUUGGUUCGGAUCCUGGUCUUGCCUAGUUGUAUUUGUAAACUCAAUAGGUUAGAGCGACGGUAUAGAUCGGGAGUACUUGGUUCGGAUCCUGGCCUUGCCUAGUUGUAUUUUAAACUCAAAAAGUUACAGUGAAUGAGUGAUAGUAUAAUAGACGAAAGUCUUUGGUUUGAAUCCUGCCCUGGCCUUCUUGUAUUUUUAGAUUCAAUAGGUUAGAGUGACAUUAAUAUGAUGAGUCCUUGGUUUGAAUCCUGACCUGGUCUAGAGGUAUUUUUAUACUCAAUAAGUUAGUGACAUUAAUAAUGAUCGGGAGUCCUGGGUACAAAUCCUGGCCUGGCUCAGUUAUAUCUUUGUACUCCAUAGGUUAGAGUGACAGUAUUAUACUCAAUAGGGUAGAGUGACGUUAUAAUGAUAAGGAGUCCUGGGUUCGAAUCCUGACCUGGUCCAGUUAUAUUUUUAUGCUCAAUAUUUUAGUAAGAGUGACGGUAUAAUGAUAAGGAGUCCUUGGUUCGAAUCCUGACCUGGUCCAGUUAUAUUUUUAUACUCAAUAGGUAAGAGCGACAGUACAAUUAUCAGGAGCCCGACCUUGGUUCAAAUCCUGGCCUGGUCUAGUUGUAUUUUGAUAUUCAAUAGAAUAGAGUGAAAGUAUGAUGAUCAGGUAUCCUGGGUUCGAAUGCGGAUGUGGUCCAGUUAUAUUUUCAUACUCAAUAGGCAAGAGUGACAGUAUAAUGAUGUGGAUGGAGUCCUUGGUUCGAAUCCUAACCUGGCCCUGUUGUAUUUUUAUAUUCAAUAGGUUAGAGUGACAAUAUAAUGUUUGAGAGUCUACGGUUCGAAUCCUGACCUGGUCAAGUUAUAUUUUCUAUUCAGUUCUGCAGGGGCUGGUUAUUAAUAAAUGAUUUCUCACAUGAAUAAUCAUGUCAGAUAAAAGUUUUGAAUGCAUUAUUACAUAAUUAAGCUUGAUUUUGUCAAAAUUUUCACUUGUUCUGGAAUUUAUUUUGUUUCAUUUCAUAAGGAGUAUUAUUUUAAAAAUGUAAUAUCUUCUUAAUUUUGAAGUUAAGAAAUGUUGUUAUUUCCCUAUAUUUAAUAAUUGUCUGUAUUCUGUAUAUACCAAAUGACUGUUACCUUGAAAGAAUUAACCUUAUCUGUCUGAACAAUGAGACAGAUGAUACUUUUGUAUGUACUUUAGAAAAUUAUUGAUGAUUUAAGUGUUAUAAUAAUUUGUACCACGUGAAAAGAAGGUUUUUUGCUUUCAUGAUGUAGUACGUUUUUCUGGAAAUAUAUACAUCAAUUGAAAUAUUCUAAUAUAUAGUUUAUAUUUGGAUAGAUAUAGAAAAUAUGUUUCAGAUAUUAUAGGAUAUGGUAGUAAAAUGUUUGACUGAAAUAUCAUGUACACACAAAUGUAUUUGUGAAAACAAGUACAUGACAUAGUGUGUAUUAUCCAAACAAUUUGUACAAUAAACAUAAUUGCAUCUAGAAAA